AUGAAUUGUGUGGUCACGGUAUGGACUGUUAUUUCGUUUACAGAGCUCUCGCGGCCAUUUCAUGAACAAGAUUGUGUGGGGAUCCUCGACUGUCUUUCCUACCUCAUGAAAGUUUCCUCCUUUAUUGUCGGUAAUGAUCUGUUGAUGCGUACGGUUUCAUCUUUUGUUGUGCAUUCUCGCGUUGAUGCUGCCGUACGGUUUGUGCUGUUAUCUUUUGCUGCAGGUAACAUUUUUUGCAACUGGUGUAUGGUACGGAACAAAUUCCUCACUUGUUGGUUGCGUGUUAUGUUGUCAAACAGCAAGGCUUUUUCCAUGGUAACCAUGAAUUAA